CGGAGAUCCUAUCACGCAACGGGCAAUUAACUUAUUUACUCAAUGUGAAAAAACAACGCCUGAAAAUGAAAGGAGAGGCAGCAUUAAUUGAAUAAAUAAUUAAUUAAAGAGCUUUACUUUCCAAUUUGAUGGAAAGUAUCUGUACAAGGAAUCAAGUCAUUUUAAUCGAACUAUACAAUUAACUUUUCUCUCGUUAUUACCCAGCUUUCAGUGCAGUCUUUACAAAUCUCAAUGCGAGUGGAAGAAAUGGUCCAACAACACUUGGUAGUCACUACAUAGGCCAUGAUCAUGACGGUCAAGUUACACUGUCUAGUUGUAUUCAACAAUGGACUGUGCCCUGCACUGGUGAUUAUCAAAUAAAAGCAGUAGGUGCGGCUGGGGGAUACGAUAAUCACGCUAAAAGUUCUCAGUACCGAGGAAGAGGUGCAAGAAUGAUCGGAACUUUCAGCCUAUGCAAAGGUGAAAUCAUUCAAAUACUUGUUGGUCAGGAAGGAGGAAUUAACAUUAAUUAUGACUAUGGUUCAGGGGGCGGUGGCGGAACCUUUGUAGUGAGAGGAAGCAACACGCCGUUGAUAAUAGCUGGAGGUGGAGGAGGCGUAAAUAUGGUAUCCUCAAGACAUGCAGGAUGCGAUGCCAACAUCAGCACAACAGGGAACCCUGGGGAAAGAUCAUGGUCGGGAGGCAGCAAUGGACAUGGAGCACAGACGGCUGAUGAUGGUACUUCAGGCGGUGGUGGUGGUGGAUUUUACUCCAGUGGAAGAAGUGGAAAGAAUUUUAAUGGUGGAUAUGGCGGAGAAGGAGGCAAGGGAUUUCUUCAGGGAGGAGUGGGUGGAAGAGCCAAUAGAAACGAUGUCGAUGGAGGAUUUGGUGGUGGUGGUGGUGGU